GUCCUCUGGCCUUCUUUCCUCAGUGGAGGCCGAGCCACCACGAUGUGGUGGUGGGGGUGCUGUCGGCUCGACACAACCAUGAGCUGCGCAGCGUCAUAAGGAACACUUGGUUCAAGCACUUGAGGCAGCAUCCCGUGCUCAGCCAACGUGUCCUUGUGAAGUUUAUAAUAGGUGCACGUGGCUGCGCUGUGCCAGUGGAGGACAGAGAAGACCCCUACUCCUGCAAGCUCCUGAACAUCAGUAACCCAGUGCUGAACCAGGAGAUCGAGGCGUUCGGCCUCCCCGAGGACGUGCCCUUGGUGCUGUCCGAGGACAGAGUGGUCAGCGUGAACUUCCGCGUGCUUUACCCCAUCGUCAUCACCAGCCUGGGGGUGUUCGGCGAGGCCGAGGGGCUGGGCUUCCAGAGGAACAUCACCGUGAAGCUGUACCAGGCCGAGCACGAGGAAGCCCUCUUCAGCGCCCGCUUCAGCCCACCCAGCUGCGGGGUGCAGGUGAACCGGCUGUGGUACAAGCCAGUGGAGCAGUUCAUCCUGCCCGAG